GAUUCCAGUAUCCGCGACACACUUUGAGACCCCUCGCAAAGGCAGAUUUGGCAUACAUCAUCGGAAAUCGGGGCGCUGCUAUUGCCUGGUCGCUUGCCACAAUGGGACUUAUAUAUCUGCUCGUCUUUGACUUUGACUGUCAUCAUCAUCUCCAUCAUCGACCUCUAGGUUUCUUCUAUAACGAAGUCUCGUGAAAACUACACAUACAAGGUACAUUUUCGAAACCUUAAAAAGUCACACACAGAAUGAGUCCCCACGCCAACACAUCGGGUGCUGCCCUCGAGGAACUUUCCGACGCAAUCGAUAACGUCAACGUCCUCAAGCAAAACCUCAAGAAGCAACAACAAGAAGAAAAAGACCUCUACGAAGCUUCCGAAUUCGACAAGGAAAAAGACAAGACGCAGUUUCGCCAGUACGAAGACGCCUGCGACCGCGUUAAGAACUUCUACAAGGAACAGCACACCAAGCAAACAGUCGCCUACAACCUCAAGGCCCGCAAUGAUUUCCACUCCAAGACUCGCGCAGAGAUGAGCGUCUGGGACGCCAUGAUCAAGCUCAACACGCUGAUCGACGAGUCGGACCCGGACACGUCGCUCUCGCAGAUCGAGCACCUGCUGCAGUCCGCCGAGGCCAUUCGGCGCGACGGCAAGCCCCGCUGGAUGCAGCUUACGGGGCUGAUUCAUGAUUUGGGCAAGUUGCUGUUCUUCUUCGAUGCGCGCGGGCAGUGGGAUGUUGUUGGGGAUACGUUCCCUGUCGGUUGCGAAUUUGAUGAGCGGAUUAUCUAUGGAAAGGAGAGUUUCAAGGAUAACGAGGAUUACGGACACGAGAUCUACUCGACGCCGAAUGGAAUUUACACGCCUGGGUGUGGGCUUGACAAUGUCAUGCUUUCUUGGGGGCAUGAUGAGUAUCUCUAUCACGUUGUCAAGGAGCAGUCGACUCUACCUGCCGAGGCCCUGGCUAUGAUCCGGUACCACUCGUUCUACCCCUGGCACAAUGCUGGGGCGUACCGCCACCUGAUGAACGAAAAGGAUGAGGCUAUGCUCAAGGCUGUCAAGGCGUUCAACCCGUACGAUCUCUACAGCAAGAGUGAUGAUGUGCCCAGUGUCGAGGAGCUCAAGCCAUACUACCUCGAGUUGAUCGACGAGUUCUUCCCCAACAGGGUGAUCAAGUGGUAGACGCUCUUAGGGCUAUGCAUUGUUUUACGAGUCACGAAUUAAAUAUGUACCUUGAAUGCCAUUGUCUUCUCACAUGUUACAUUGAUUCCUUAUUCUUCAUUAGAGUCCAAGUAUACCGAAGACAUGAUAUAGUAGCUUAAAUACAAGCAUGCUCGAUAUAGUACCACCGGCUGUAUCAAGUAUUGGCCACGGUGCCGAGCCCUGAACC